UUGCUGGCAAUAAGAUUGGUUGCGUGGAGUGAAACGUCAGCCACGUACAUUCACCUGUCAACGUAACCUUUCUCAUUUCUUAAUUUAUUGUGUAUUAAAAUAAGCUCGAUAACAGUUAAAAUGUCUGCGAAACUAUUGUCGCUCGUGCUGAUCAUCGCGGCGGCGGUGACGGCCGAUGAGGAGACGGCGGCGGCGCGCCUGCUGGUGUCUAAGCAAGUGUUGAACAAGUACCUGGUCGAGGACAUGGAUAUUCUGAUUAAGUACACGUUGUACAACGUUGGGACGGCGCCGGCGGUGGACGUAAAGCUGGUGGACAACGGGUUCCACCCGGAGGUGUUCACGGUGGUGGGCGGGCAGCUGUCGGCGCAGAUCGACCGCAUCCCGCCGCAGACGAACGUGUCGCACGUCGUGACCGUGCGCUCCAACCGUUACGGAUACUUCAACUUCACGUCGGCUGAGAUCACCUACAAGCCCAGCGAAGACGCUACUGAGCUCCAACAUGCCAUCAGCAGCUCCCCCGGCGAGGGCGCCAUCGUAGCCCACAAGGACUACGACCGCAAGUUCUCCUCCCACAUCCUGGACUGGGCCGCCUUCGCUGUCAUGACACUGCCCUCCCUCGCCAUCCCCUUCGGCCUCUGGUGGUCCUCCAAGACCAAGUACGAGAAACUCAGUAAACCUAAGAAGAAUCAUUAGAUAGGUUUCAAUUUGACCUAAGGAUAAAAGUUUCAAUUUAUUUCA